UAUCUCCUAUAAAUCUCCCCCAUUGCUCCAUUUGCUUCCCUCAGGCUGCAAAUCUGCAAUAGCGAAGGAGAGGAAUCCCACAUCUUCUUCAUCUGUUCCCCUGCCACAGCCAUCACCAUGGAGAUGAAAAAGAUCGCCUGCGCCGCCCUGGUCGCCGCCGUCUCAGCCACCUCCGCCCUCGCCGCCGAGGCCCCCGCCCCAGGCCCGGCCAGCGCCUCCUUCGCCGUCACCCCCGCCGUCGGAGCCGCCAUCGCCGCCUCCUUCCUCUCCUUCUUCGCCUUCUACUUGCAGUAACUAACCCCAUCCAGGCGAAACCUUGGAGCUUGAUGAGUCAAUAAUUCCACUUAAUGUUCAUGCCUUUGCCGUUCGUUACAUGUUCCAUGUCUACGGAUUGUGAGAUUUUGAAAGAUAUAUAAAAAAAGAUUUCUUUAUUAUUAA